AUGUUUGUUGAUGGUUCUAAACCAGAACCUCCAAUUAAAUAUUUUCAAUCUAGUGGUCUUCCAGUCUUCUAUUUCAAGCACCCAGAAACAGGUCAUUGUUACUUUGAUGCCUGUAACUGUGAUGAAUGUUCCGAAGAAAGUUUUCUAGAUGACAAUGAUGAGUCUGACAAUCCUUGUCCCAUUUGUCCUCAGUCACCCCAGUCAACUCCUAUACCUUGUAAAUCUCCACCUUCUCCAAAGUUACCAUCCAAAAAUGACCCUUCAGCUCAACCCAGUGGUUGUUUCAUGUUCACCUCAUCCCCAUCUUUCACUGAUGCAGAUUUUCCUCCAUUGGAAUAUCAUAACCCUCAAGAAAGAACCACUCACCGUCAUAAGAUUCUUGAUUCAACUACCAUUCACCCUGAUGCACCGGUUACCUCCACUUCUUCUAGACCAACAGAUCCACCAUCUAACCCAAAUUCCAAAGCACCUCAAUUAAUGGUCCAGCCAGUUGUUAGUCCUUCUAACAAUCCAAUCUCCACCUUGCUACAUACCCUAGCCACCAUGCCUGAAACCCCAUCUCCCGAACCAACCAUCGAAUCUGAUUCAGAUAUUGAAUCUACUGAUUCUAUACCGACUCCUCAUGUUUUCAUGAUGAACCCUGAAAACCCAGAAGAGGAUGUUGAGGACCCUCCUAUCAUUGAAGAGGAUCCUGACUAUGCUUUCUCCAAAUGCUACACUAAGUAA